AGAUGGGGCCGGGCAGCCCUGGCCUGGAGAGAGGCUGUGCCGCCUCGCAGCCAGAAGGCAAGGCGGGCAUCCCCAGGAAAACCAGCAUCAUCAAGGAUGGUACAAAGCAAAAAAGAGAACGGAAAAAGACGGUGUCAUUCAGCAGCAUGCCGGCUGAGAAGAAGAUAAGCAGUGCAAGUGACUGUAUUAAUGCCAUGGUUGAAGGCUCAGAACUCAAAAAGGUUCGAUCCAACUCCAGAGUAUACCACCGAUACUUCCUUUUAGAUGCAGAUAUGCAGUCCCUACGUUGGGAACCUUCAAAGAAGGAUUCUGAAAAAGCAAAGAUUGAUAUUAAAUCAGUCAAAGAAGUGAGAACGGGGAAAAAUACAGACAUUUUUCGUAGCAAUGGAAUUUAUGACCAGAUUUCAGAAGACUGUGCAUUUUCUGUUAUCUAUGGGGAUAAUUAUGAGUCUUUAGAUCUUGUUGCAAAUUCUGCAGAUGUUGCAAAUAUUUGGGUUACUGGACUAAGAUACCUGAUAUCUUAUGGAAAACAUACACUUGAUAUGCUAGAAAGUAGCCAAGAUAAAAUGCGGACUUCAUGGGUUUCACAAAUGUUUAGUGAAACAGAUGUGGAUAAUAUGGGCCAUAUAUCCUUGUGCAGAGCUGUGCAGUUUAUAAAAAGCCUAAACUCUGGCUUAAAAACAAGUAAAAUUGAAUUGAAAUUCAAAGAGUUACACAGAUCAAAAGACAAACCGGGUACUGAAGUCACAAAAGAAGAGUUUAUUGAAGUUUUUCAUGAGCUUUGCACUCGCCCUGAGAUCUACUUCUUGUUAGUUCAGUUUUCCAGCAAUAAAGAAUUCCUUGACACCAAGGACCUGAUGAUGUUUUUAGAAGCAGAACAGGGUAUGGCACAUGUCACAGAAGAAAUAAGCCUUGAAAUUAUUCGCAAAUAUGAGCCUUCUAGAGAGGGCCAGGAGAAAGGAUGGCUUUCCAUAGAUGGUUUUACAAAUUACCUUACUUCAGCAGAAUGUCAUAUAUUUGAUCCGGAGCAUAAAAAGGUGUGCCAGGACAUGAAACAACCAUUAUCUCAUUAUUUCAUAAACUCAUCUCAUAACACAUACUUGAUAGAGGAUCAGUUCCGAGGCCCAUCUGAUAUCACGGGGUAUAUUCGUGCUCUUAAAAUGGGGUGUCGAAGUGUUGAGUUGGAUGUUUGGGAUGGUCCUGAUAAUGAACCUGUAAUUUACACAGGUCAUACAAUGACCUCACAGAUAGUCUUCCGCAGUGUAAUUGACAUUAUUAACAAAUAUGCAUUUUUUGCUUCGGACUACCCUCUUAUGUUGUGUUUAGAAAAUCAUUGUUCUCUCAAGCAACAGAAAGUGAUGGUUCAGCAUAUGAAGAAAAUAUUGGGGGACAAGCUGUAUACACAGUCUCCAAAUACAGAGGAAUCUUACCUUCCUUCUCCCGAAUCUCUCAAAGGGAAAAUACUAUUAAAAGCAAAGAAGCUUUCUCCUAAUUGCUCUGGGCUAGAAGGAGAUGUUACUGAUGAAGAUGAAGGAGCAGAAAUGUCCCAGAGAGUGGGUAAGGAAAGUGUGGAGCAGCAGAAUGUUGUGCUAGCAAAAACGUUCCAGCUCUGUAAAGAGCUUUCGGAAAUGGUAAGCAUAUGCAAGUCAGUUCAGUUCAAAGAUUUCCAGCUUUCAUUUCAGCUUCAAAAAUACUGGGAAAUUUGCUCUUUUAAUGAAGUACUUGCUAACAGAUACGCCAACGAAAACGCUGGAGACUUCGUGAAUUACAACAAACGUUUUCUUGCCAGGGUUUUCCCUAGUCCCAUGAGGAUUGAUUCGAGUAAUAUGAAUCCACAGGAUUUUUGGAAAUGUGGUUGCCAGAUAGUGGCAAUGAACUUUCAGACACCUGGAUUAAUGAUGGAUCUCAACAUUGGUUGGUUUCGACAAAAUGGCAAUUGUGGUUACGUACUGCGACCUGCAAUCAUGCGGGAAGAAGUUUCUUUCUUUAGUGCAAAUACAAAAGACUCUGUGCCUGGAGUUUCACCACAGCUUCUUCAUGUUAAGAUUAUUAGUGGACAGAACUUUCCAAAACCAAAAGGGUCAGGUGCCAAAGGUGAUGUUGUAGAUCCUUAUGUCUAUGUGGAAAUCCAUGGGAUCCCUGCAGAUUGUGCAGAGCAAAGGACAAAAACUGUGCAUCAAAAUGGGGACAAUCCAAUAUUUGAUGAAAGUUUUGAAUUUCAAAUUAAUCUACCUGAACUUGCUAUGGUACGAUUUGUAGUACUAGAUGAUGAUUAUAUUGGGGAUGAAUUUAUUGGGCAGUACACAAUUCCCUUUGAGUGUUUACAGACAGGUUAUCGGCAUGUUCCACUUCAGUCUUUAACAGGAGAAGCUCUAGCACAUGCUUUCUUGUUUGUACAUGUGGCCAUUACUAAUAGAAGGGGUGGUGGGAAGCCUCAUAAACGGGGUCUUUCUGUCAGGAAAAGCAAGAAAUCCAGAGAGUAUGCUUGUAUGAGGACUUUGUGGAUUAAAACCAUUGAUGACGUAUUCAAGAAUGCUCUCCAGCCCAUACGGGAUGCUACGGAUUUGAGGGAAAACAUGCAGAAUGCAGUAGUUUUAUUCAAAGAGUUGUGCGGCCUCUCUCCUGUAGCAAAUCUCAUGCAAUGCAUAUUAGCAGUAUCAACACGCUUGGUGAGAUGUGAUAAUACACCCUUAGUAGUAAUGAAUCUCAGCGAUCAGUAUCCCACAAUGGAAUUGCAAGGGAUUGUUCCAGAGGUUUUGAAAAAAAUUGUAACAGCAUAUGAAACGAUGAUUCAUACUAUCAAGACUCUGAUAGAAAAUGCAGAUAGUGUAUAUGAAAAAAUAGUCCAGUGCCAAAAAGCAGCAAUGGAGUUCCAUGAAAACUUGCAAAAUAUAGGUGCAAAGGAAGGUUUAAAGGAGAGAAAACUACAAAAAGCAGUGGAGAGUUUUACCUGGAAUAUUACAAUUUUAAAGGGCCAGUCUGAUCUUCUCAAAUAUGCUAAAAAUGAAGCACAGGAGAAUCUAAAGCAAAUUCAUUAUGCCACUGUCUCAUGUGGACUGAAUAAGACAGGAUCUGAAAACGCUGAGGUUUCCAAGCCCCGUCGAAGCCUGGAAGCUAUACCUGAAAAGGCAGGUGAAGAAAACGGAGAAUGAAUGAAUAUUCUCAUCAUUAUAGAGUUUAUAACUCUACAACCAUUGUAGCUGCACAGGACAUUUUGCUUUGCACUUAAUAUGGGGGGCGGGGAAGCGGCAGGGGGAAAUCCUGGAAUUUUAAAAAGCACAACUGGAGAAGCUAAUUACAAUCCAUGAAAACUGUGAAUGUACGUAGGAAUUCUGUGUGCAAAGGCAAUGGAAUUGUUUUAACAUGGAAAUAGUACUGCUGGCUGAAACACUCUGUGUGAAAGAUAUCACAUUACUUUGU